GUUUCAGAUUUUAGCUCUCAAGCAAAUGUCGUAUUAAGAUAAAUUGCAAUGAAUAGUUCAAUUAUAAGUGCGCUGCAAACAUGUUUUUAAAGUUUUUUAUUUGUGAUUUUGUUUUAACAAUUUUUAUAAUAUUAGGAAUAAAUGGACAAUUUGAAAUUAAAAACACUGACCGAUUUUCAAAAGUAAGAUAUUUAAUAUCAAAUGGAAAAGAUUUUAGUGGUAACAACAAACCCUUAUUCCAAUGGGAUGCAAAGUUGCCCCAAGAAAUAAAUACUACUCCCAUGGUAGCCAAUUCUUUAUUUAAUUAUAUUUUUUCAACUACUACCAGUCCAUUAAAGAAACCUAAAAAGGCUAAAAACAUAAAAGUAAAAAAGCAAAAAAGAACAUUACGACAUCAAAAUACUUCACAUGAAGCAAACACUACGAGUCUUCUGGGCCCAAGCUCAAUUUUAAACGUUGAUACUAUAUCAAAAGAACCAAAGAAGAAAAAUAAAAGACGAAGGAAAAAGAAAAAAAAGAACAAGCGAGUAAAACAAAAGAAUAAUAUUCCGAAAAUGACUACGGCCAGCAAUUAUAAUGGAAUUUUAAGAAAUAUGUCACUGGACGAGUUAAUUAGCAAACUAAACGAAAAUCCCGAAGUAAAUUUAAACAACUUAAACCAAGAUAUUUAUUUUAACAAAACUAUAACCUACCAACAAAAUAAUACCUUAAUAGGUAAAAAUUUAAAUGGGACUAAAACAAUAAAUCUUAAAGUGGAUUUAGGAAAUAAACCUAGGUCCAGAUGCCGAUUCAAUAAUGGUGGCUGUUCCCAUAUUUGCAGAAUUAAAGGCUUACGAAAAUGUGUUUGUUUCAAGGGAUACAAUCUGGAUAAAGAUAUGCAUACUUGCAAAGACGUAGACGAAUGCAAAUUGAACAAUGGCGGCUGCCAAACCACCUGCCACAAUACCGUCGGUUCCUACCAAUGCAGAUGCGCAGAAGGGUUUCGCCUCGACGACGAUGGGAAAUCAUGCGUGGACGUAAAUGAGUGUCUGCGCAGAAAUGGACACGGAUACUGCGACGAUCUCUGCACGAACACAUAUGGGUCAUAUGUUUGCAGCUGCGGAGCUGGCACAGUCCUGGCCAAGGAUAGACAUUCUUGUGUGGACAUCGACGAGUGCGUCCAAGGAAAAUCUGGCUGUACUCAUAUUUGUAUUAAUACAAUAAGAGGCGCUUUCUGCGCUUGUCCUGAAGGUAUGGAGUUAUCUUUAGACUCCAAGACUUGCCAAGGUACAGCUGUUUAAUGUUUAAGAAGGAAAAGUGUUUAGACUUUAGACUGCAAAAUCUGAGUUUGUAAUUUUGUAAGAAAAUUUAAUUUUUAUAAAGGAAAAUGUAAAAGGUAGUACUAAAAAAAGUUUUCUGUUAUAAGUUGCUUUAAUUAAUAAAAUUAGGUUAUCAAUAUAAUAAGUAUUUAUAAUAUAUUAUAUUUAUUACAAAAUAUAAAAUUAC